UCUGGCCUUUUGCCCUGCAUCCUUGGUUAAGGAGAUGACCAAUCAGUACAGUAUUCUCUUCAAACAAGAGCAAGCCCACGAUGAUGCCAUUUGGUCAGUUGCUUGGGGAACAAACAAGAAAGAAAACUCAGAGACGGUGGUCACAGGCUCCUUGGAUGACCUGGUAAAGGUCUGGAAAUGGCGUGAUGAGAGGUUGGACCUACAGUGGAGUCUGGAGGGACAUCAGCUGGGGGUGGUGUCUGUGGACAUCAGCCACACCCUGCCCAUUGCGGCAUCCAGCUCUCUUGAUGCUCAUAUUCGCCUCUGGGACCUGGAAAACGGCAAACAGAUCAAGUCUAUAGAUGCAGGACCUGUGGAUGCCUGGACUUUGGCCUUUUCUCCUGAUUCCCAGUAUCUGGCCACAGGAACGCAUGUGGGGAAAGUGAACAUUUUUGGUGUGGAAAGUGGGAAAAAAGAAUAUUCUUUGGACACGAGAGGAAAGUUCAUUCUCAGUAUUGCAUAUAGUCCGGAUGGGAAAUACCUGGCCAGCGGAGCCAUAGAUGGAAUCAUCAAUAUUUUCGAUAUUGCAACUGGAAAACUUCUGCACACGUUGGAAGGCCAUGCUAUGCCCAUCCGCUCCUUGACCUUUUCCCCGGAUUCUCAGCUGCUCGUCACUGCUUCAGAUGAUGGCUACAUCAAGAUCUAUGAUGUACAGCACGCCAACUUGGCUGGCACAUUGAGCGGCCAUGCCUCCUGGGUACUGAACGUUGCCUUUUGUCCUGACGAUACUCACUUUGUCUCCAGUUCAUCUGACAAAAGUGUGAAAGUCUGGGAUGUUGGAACGAGGACUUGUGUGCACACAUUUUUUGAUCACCAGGAUCAGGUCUGGGGAGUAAAGUACAAUGGAAAUGGUUCAAAAAUUGUGUCUGUUGGAGAUGACCAGGAAAUUCACGUCUAUGAUUGUCCAGUUUAAAACGUCAACGUCUUCUAGAUUACUGCUGCAGUGAGACUGUGCCGACGGGUCCCAGCAUUCCUU